AUGGUCUCCCCGACGAAAGCACCAAACCACGAAAUCGGCAGUGCCAAAAACUUGUCUCACCCGCAACAGCACCAGCAGCGAGAGGACCAACCUAAAGUUCCAUCGGCGUCUGUUUCUUCGCCGAACCAAAGUCACCCCCAGGAUCUAACGACCCUCUCGAAUGUCACGAUCGCCGACAAGUUUAAAAAGUACCCAGGGUAUAUACACCCGUACACAACAUAUAUCCACGACGGUCUGAAAUUUGUCGGAGGUUUUGGAUCAGUAUUCAAGGUUAUGGAUGGGGCUGGAGUUUUUGCGAUCAAAGCACAGAAAGCUGGUGUUAGCAUUGAAAGAGAUCGCCAGAUUCGUUCCGAGGCAAGGUUUUUGAAACGGGCGAUCACCUCUGCCUGCGUCUCGAAUGGAUGCCAAAGAGACAUCAAACCCGAAAACGUCCUGGUUUCGGGCACGGCUUCCCAAAUGAUCGUCAAGUUGGCGGAUUUUGGAUUGGUUGGAUACAUGAAGGAUGGGCGAAAACUCCGUCUUGACGCCAUCACCAUAGGCAAAGAGCUCAUCGUCAAUUUGACGGACAAGGAAGAUCGCCGGCUGUCUGCAGAAGAGGUCAUCGGCCAUCCAUUCCUUUGUAACAUGGUAUCAGCAACCGUCCAGCAGGAAAAAAUACAGGAAGAGGAUAAUGCCAAGGAGCCAAAAGUCGUCAUCGUGGAAGAAAAGACAAAGAGGCCAAGGGAGUCGUCCGAGGAGAAUCCGAAGAUGACCGAGAAACCUAAACAGGACGGAUCCUCGACGGACGCAAGGAAAUUCAAAAAUCGAAAACAGAGUAGCGAUAUCAAAAGGCCCGAGCAGGACAGGACGACUGCGAUCCAGAAAGAGGGCUUGAUCGCCGAGCCGACACCGAAACACAGGCUUGAUGUCGAUAUCAGAGAAAUGGAAGAGAAGGAAGUCAAGAAACCUAAGCUCACCCCUGAUCCAGCACGCUCCACCAAAACUAUAAGAUCGAUCUCUGCCUCUGCCAAUAGUGUCAAAGAUUCAAUACCCCAUCCACAUCCUCACCUUUCUCCCAGUUAA